AUGUCCACUCUCACAUUCAAGAUCUCCGCCCCGACUCCCUCCGGCCCUCCUCAGCUCCGCAAACUCACCCUCCCUCACUCCCCAACCUCGCCGCUCCACUUCGCCCACCUCUCGCACGCGAUCCGGCAGCGCUUUGGACUCGCAGAGGAGGGGGACGUGGAACUGUGUUAUCUGGAUGAAGAGGGGGAUUGGAUCGUGCUUUCGUGCGAGGAAGAGUUGCAGGAGUUGCUCCAGUCGCUCGACGGCAACACGCGUACUGUCCGCCUCCAACUCACGACGCCGGCGAGCCAGCGCGCGCCCGUCUCACCCGCCGAAACGCCUCAGCAGUCGUCCGGCGGCGAACGCGAGUACACCUCGGCAGACGAAUGGCUCGACGUCGGUACGCCAGGGGACACGAGUCUCCAGAACUCGCAGGCGGACGAGCACACGCCCGUCGGGACGCCCACACUCCUCUUCGACUUGGAGGAUCCCUUCGACUUUGAGGAUCCCGCCGAGGCUCCGCUCAAUACGAAUGCGGAGACGAGUUCGCUAGCGGACAAGCCGCGCGCGAUGAUCGAGUCCGAGUUCCCGCGUCCUUCCUCUACGCCUCCCGUCGCGGAGGAUCCCGCCGACGAGCCCAUCCCCGCCGCCGCCAGUGAAGAUGCUCCUCCGGCAUUCACGACCCUCCCUUCCUCGCUGUCGGGCCUACUCUCCGGCCUCCCUUCGCACGCCACCUCACUCUCCUCACACCUCUCUACGCUCCUCACCUCCCCCGACUCGGCUUUGGGCCGCCUCUCCUCCCUCCUGCAAAACCCGACUUCGGAAUUCCCUUCUCCCUCUUUCGACUUGCGCGACCUGAGCGCCUCGCUUGCUGCGGUGGGACAAGACCUCACACGUGCGAUCGGGGAAGUCGUUGAAGGCGUGAGGAAGGAGGCGGACGGCGUCAGGCACGAGUUUGACGAGUUGAGGGGCGAGUUUGAGAGGGAGAAGAGGAGGUUUGAGGAGGAGGUUAGGAGAGCGAUGGAGCAGGCUAGGGCGGCGCAGGGCGUGCCGGUGUCGACGAGCACGGCUACUUCGACUGAUCCCGCCCCAGCUGCGGACGCCGACGUGGACCUGGAGUCCUCCGCCGCACGCGCCGCACGCCGCGCGAUCCGCCAAGCGAAGAAGCAACACAAAGCCGCCCGUCGGCUCGAGAAGGCCCAGCGCAAGCUCGAGCGCCGCGCGAAGAAGGAACGCGAGGCGGAGCUCCUGGCGCGCGCGCAGGACGAUCUGUUGAAGGCUUCGAGGGAGUCGAUGGGUCAGGAGAGGGAGGGUCAGGAGGGAGUCGAGAUGAGUUGCAUGCCCGGGGGCAUGCCGGCUUCGUUCGCUGUUCCGGCGGCUUCGGUCCAGCAGCCGUUCGUCGCGGAGUCGACGUCGACGCCGGCGUACAACCCCGCCUACCCGGCCUCGCCCGCCUCCUCUUCCUCGUCCACUUCCUCGACGUCGACCUCAUCCUCGGCGUCAGACGACGACAAGCCUAUCCUCCUCACCAAGUUCCUCCUCGCCGCCGCCGAACUCGGCUUCGACGUCAGCGAGCACGCAACGAGGAUCGCGCUUACGGAUGUGUGGUGCGAGUCGAAUGGGAGGGGGUUGUCGAGGAUGGUCGAGAGGGCGUGUGAUGAGUUGCUCUGA